AUGUCGCGCAGGAGAGCGCUGUUCCCGCGCGGACUGGCCCCGUACCUCGACGAGGUGCUUGUGACGGUCAUGGAAGAGUACCUCACCCAUGGUGCCUGCGAGGACGACCGGCGUGCCCUCAUCCGCCUCCUCUCGCUCUUUGCCAAGCGAGCCAGCGCGAGUGCUCGGCCGAGCCAGGCUGCCGGUCAUCGUGCUGCUGCGCGGGCAGGCAUCGUCCAGGCCCGUGGACCAGAGACAGACUCGCAAGUCAUUCUCCGCUGUGCCGCUCAUCGCCCCAAGCACGGAUGGGACGGGAUCCAGCCUGCCGACAUCGGCGCACAGUGGGAGUACCUGACCACAGCAGACUUCGAUGACAUCGAGGCCACCGUCCUGGCCAGGUACAUGGAGGCCAUGGCGACCGAGCUGGGCGAGGACUCGGGCCCGCAUGCCGUCGAGGCCUAUCUUCAGUUCUUUGCCGGAAACAUCAUCCGCCCCGUCUGGAUGGCCGCUCUCGCCAGCUGGUACGCCUCGCUCAGAGAUGCCGGGAAGACCGCCUUCAUUCAGGCCAUGCGGCGACUGCAGGGCGCGCUUGUCGGUCAAGAUAGCCUUCGCGACUCGUUCCCCUGGCGGAGUGCUGUCUAUGCUGCCUUUACCGCAGAAGGUGAGCUAGAGGCCCGCGCUGCGCUCGCCGCACGCCCGCCGGCAACCUCCUUCACUGAGCUGUACGCCACCGCCACACGCGACGCCUCGGCCUCGUUUGUCGGCAACGACAACGCGGACCAUGAUGUCCACGGUCUCGACCUCUGUGCAGAGUACGAUGCGGACCUCAUGGCCAACACCGCCCGCCCGGGCUCGCCCGUUCUCGCCGGCCUCUCCACCAACAAGAUCAACCUGCAGCAAAACGACGCCGGCUCGUCGCGGUUCGACGCACACGGCCAGACCGCCCUCUCCCAGCUCGAGCUCGAUCGCAUGCUUGCACAAGGCAAGCGGCCCGAGCCCGCUGCCUCGGUCUACACCCAGUCGUUCGAGUGGCGCCCGCCGACCACGGACCGCGCCUUCUCCACCAUCUACUCCAAGAACCUGCAGCGCUCGCUCAAGCUGGGCCUCGACCGCGAGAUGCGCCUCGAGACUACCUACGCCGCAGACAUCGACAAACUUGCCAAUCGCGUCAUCGACCGCAACGCUGCAGAGGGCAAGGUCCCCGACUACUCCGUCUCUGAGCCAUCAGAGGUCGGCUACCAGCGCACCCUCCACGAGCGGAAGAUGCGGACCCACAAGCUGGUGUAA